AUGGCAAGUAAUACAGCAGGAAAAACAGCUGAUUCAGUCACAAAUGAUACGCCAUUACAAUCAAUUAUUGAAACGCCUCUUACCGAUUCACUCAUAAACGGAAUUUUUCAACAACAAAAUAAUGAUGGAUCAUUUUCAGCAACAGCUCAUUUAGGACAAUUGUUUAAUGUUGAUUUUGAAAAUAUCAAACGUGAUUUACUUGCAAAAGGCUUAGAUCCAUCAAUUUCGGAUGAAAUUCUUCGUCUUAUAUCAACGGCUUCCAUUCUUUUCUAUAUUUUAUAUCAUAGUCAAAAAACAAAUUUUCCUGUCGAUCUCAAUGCAAUUAAACAAUAUGUAUCAAAAGCACGAGAAGAAUUAGAAGGUUUUUCAUUGAAAGAUGAUCCUAUUAUGCAAACAUAUAUUGAAAAAGGUGAAUUAGCUGUGAACUAUGUCAUUAAUACACGUGAAAAAUAUACGGAUAUUUGCAAUCAAAUUAAAUUAUCACAACCAACUUGGGAAUAUUAUGUUCAACAUUUAAUGGGUUUAGAUAAAGAACAACAAUAG